UAUGCUUAGCUUAAUUCCAAUAUUAUCCAGUAUAAUGGUAUAUUUAGCUUUAUAUUGUAUUCUUGAGUCAGUAUAUGUAUGUGUAUAAUCUAUCAAGUGUUGACUGGAAAACAUGGUUUCUAUAAAGUAAUCUAUUGUUGUGUGAUUAACACAUCUUCUUUCCUAUCAUGUAUCCUGCUAUGUGUCUUAUCUAAAUAUCUAUUUUCUUUUUUCAAACUUAUAAACAGAAUCCAUAAUUUUGUCCUGAAGAUUGAAUUCCAUGAAACAUAAUGCUGAUACUUCUCCACUGAUUAGUAUUGUUAGAUCAAUGAGAUAAUUUCAAGUUUAUGGACUCUGCAUAUUUCAAUAAUUUCUCUAAUUCAUGCCCGAUUCAGAGCAGUACCUUUUAAACCUUUAUUUGUUCAACAAUGUGAACAAUAUAUCGUCGUAUUAUUACAGCAUGACACCUCUAAUAGGACUUUUUGAAAAAAAACACAAUAAAAGAUAAUAAUUUAGAUCUUUAAAAUCUAUGAAAAUAUCAACUGCUGACAAAGAGGGCUGACGAGUUUAUGAUGUAUCCAGGGUGUAGAUAUAUUCGCUAUCCAGGGUGCUGCCAUGUAUAUAAUAUAUCCACUAUCCAGGGUGCUGACAUGUAUAUAUCUAGUAUUUAGGGUGCUGACAUGUAUAUAAUAUAUCCAAUAUCCAAGGUCCUGACAUGUAUAUAAUAUAUCAACUAUCCAGGGUGCUGACAUGUAUAUAAUAUAUCCACUAUUUAGGGUGCUGACAAGUGUUUAUGAAGCUGUCAAUAUCCAGAGUAUCCUUGGUUGCAGAGAGAAACAAAAGGACUUGACCCCCCUGUGGUUCUUGUACAUAUCCAGCGUGGUACAAUUUCUGCAGGUUAUAAACGCCAGCGUGAAUCUACCAAUCUACAUGUUUGCUAGCAAAAGCUUUAAAACAGCUGCAGGUGGAAUGUUUAAAUGGUCGAUGCCUGCGUUCCCUGUGAGUAUACCACGUCUAAACCAUAUUGUGGUAUCCAACCCUGAGCUUUCAACCACUCAUCUUAACACUCCAAUAAUCCGGUCCCUCAGGGAUUUGAAGGCCACAGAGGAGGAAGAGUGCUGAAUGGGUAACAGUGUUAAGAGGUGCAUCAAUGUUUAUCAACACCAGCAGCUCUUGAUUAACCGCAGUAGCUCUUGGUGAACUAACGAACACUUGUAGCUCUUUAUGAACAUUAGCUUUUGGUAAACCCCAGUAGCUCCUGACAUACACCAGAAGCUCUUUUUGAACACUAGUAUAGCUCUGAUAGAACACCGGCUGCUUGUUAUGAUCACCAGUUCCUCUUGAUAAACACAGGAAGUACUUGAUGAACACCGGUAUCUCUUUAUGAACAUUGAGUUCUUGAUGAAAACGGCACUGAUUGCUGUUGAUUAACAUCAGUUGCUGUUAAGUUACUAAACUCCGGUAACUUUUAAUGAACAUCUAAAGAUGUUAAUUCCGAUUAUUGUUGAUGAACAUCGGUAGCUGUUAUUGAAUUCUGGUUACUGUAGGUUAACACAGAUAGCUGUUACUGAAUUCUAGUUACUGUUGGUUAACACAGAUAGCUGUUACUGAACUCUGGUUACUUUUGGUUUACACAGUUAGCUAUUACUGAAUUCUAGUUAUUAACGGUUAACACAGAUAGCUGUUACUGAAGUCUGGUGAGAGUUCGUUAACACAGAUAGCUGUUACUGAACUCUGGUUACUGUUGAUUUACACAGAUGGAUGUUACUGAACUCUGGUGACUGUUAGUUAACACAGACAGCUGUAAUUAAGAUGUGUGUCUCCAUGUUGUGGAUAGAAGUUUAUUUUCCAUAGAACCAGUGUGGGGACACUAACUAUAAAAUUGUUGUUGUAUUGGAGCCAUGUUAUCUUAGCUUGUUGUUAUAUAGCGGAUAGCCUACACUGUCGGUGAUAUUGAGCUUGCUCUCUGAUAUCUUCAGUGUUUAGGAUUCAUUCCACUUUGUGAAGAUCUUGGUUGAUAAAAGAAAACUGAAACCAAGAUAGGACUCUGCACUCCAGAAAUCUGAGCUUCUGUUACAGUGCGGUGAAUAUUGAUAAAAAUAGCUCUGUAAACUCUAAAUUAGGAUAAACCCAGCUGCUCUGCUGGGUAUCAAGGGAAAGGUCUUAUUGCAUAAUAGAUACCGAGCUGGCACAUUAUCUGAACCAAGUUCUAAUCAGUAAAAAAAUGAAGGUCCUGGUAAGACUAAUUAAAAACACUACUGAAUCAGGAUACACCAAUAGCUGGUCUUCUAAUCAACGUAACAGUGAAGGUUCUAGCAAAUGAGAAAAAAAAUAUAUCCAGCCAGCAUUCUAAUAUGUGAACCAAGAAAACCCGAUCAAUCAGUUGAAUUUAAGUCAGGAACAUAUCAUCUGUUCUGAUCGGUGCAGUAACAGCGAAGGUCCAUGAUAUUGUAUAGAACAGAUACAAGAAUAAGGAUAUUCUUGGCUGGUGUUUGAUGUAAAAGCUGUGCCGUGUUUUAAGUAACUGACACUCUAGGCUCUGUAUUGUGAGAAGAAAAGCUUGGUGCCGUUUAAUCCUUCGAACAAACAUAAUCCAAUAGGACAACCUUAUGUCUGGCUGGCAUAAUUUGAUCUCAUACUAAAUCCUAGCCAGCAUGGAGAAGACACAAAACAUUCUAAAACAUAACAGUUUAGAGAAUGAUCUUAGAUAAUAAACAAUGAGUGUUUGAUAAAAAAGGGUACUACACAAAAUCAUCUCAUACCGUGGAAGAACUCAUCUUCUAAAAUUACUUAACAACAUUAAAGUUGAAAAUAAUUGAUAUCUGAACAAAAUUUUAAUGCACAAAAAUGAUAAUAUACUUUUCUAAGACCUUAGGAAAAGUUAACAAUAUUGUCAAAAGAAUCAUCCUUGUAAGAUGAAGUUGACUAAUAAAUUCUGCAAAUUUUUUCAUAGAAAUUGAAAACAAUUUUUUCGUCUCUUUCUAGUCAUAAGAAUCUGUAAUAAAGGGUUUAUAUUUUAAAAUUUUCCAUCCAUAAGGUUGUUUCUAAUAAAUUUUUUAACAUUUCUUAUUAGAAAUGUUGCUGAUUUCGUAAAUACAAAUAUUAUGAAGAGUUAAAACAUCUCAAAGUGUGACAACAUUUUGAAAUCUUAAAUAUAAAUAUUAUGAAAAGUUAAAACAUCUCAGUGUGCCAACAUUAUGAAAAAUUUCGAUAUUUUUGAAAAAAUAAAAUAAUCUAUUGUGUAAACUGUAGUCUGUAUUCAGUUAAAGAAAUAGGAGUUUUUACACAAACUUUUAAUAUCUAAUCUUUUCAUCAAUUUUAGCAACCAGACGUUGAAAACCUUUCAUAUUUAAAAUUAUUAACAUAAUAUGAUAGGAUUAUAAAACCUCAGUCCUUGAGUCAGUUUUAUUGCAAUAAUCACAACUUGAUAAUGAUAGGCCAAAAAUAGAAUUCUUUGUCAUAAAAAUGAUCUCU